CCUUCAUCCGACCAAUCGCACCACUACCAAAAUGAGGGCCAAACGUUCCAAGAAGUACCGCAAGCUGAUGCACCAGUAUGAGCUCACAUUCGGAUUUCGCGAGCCAUACCAAGUUCUAGUGGAUUCGAACUUCCUGCGCGCGGUGCACAGUUUCAAGAUGGAGUUGAUUCCGGCGCUGGAGCGUACAUUGCAAGGGAAGGUGAAGCCGCUCCUCACGAAAUGCUCUCUCGCCGCCGUCAUGGCCAACCAACCCCUCCACCCGCGCACCAACAACCCAAUGCGUCCGCACUUCCUGCCCCCGCCGACGGAGGUGCCGCUCCGCCACUGCUCGCACAACGAGGACUCGACUCCCAUCGACGAGGUCGAGUGUCUCCUGUCGCUGCUGUCGCCGACCACGGACGUGAAGAAGAACAAGGAACACUACAUCCUCGCGACGGCGGACGCGCCGGCCGCGGCCGAGAAGGAGAAGGAGCGCGCCGCCGUCGCUGCGGGCAGGAAGCGCAAGCGCGGGACCGACGACGAGGCGGAGACUGCCAUCCGCAAGUCGAGGGAGCUGCGCCACGGCGCGCGCGCCAUCCCCGGCGUGCCGAUCGUGUAUGUCAAGCGGUCUGUCAUGGUGCUUGAGCCCAUGAGCUCGCCGUCUGAGGGUAUCCGUGAGGGUGUUGAGCAGGGGAAGUUCCGCGCUGGGUUGAGUGAGGAGGCUAGGAAGAAGGCUGAGGCGAAGGCUGCCGUUGCUGCGUCCGGAGAGAAUAAGAAGGGCGGCGACAAGAAGCCUGGGAUGAAGAAGGCUAAGGGCCCCAAUCCGUUGAGUAUGAAGAAGCCCAAGAAGCGGACGGCAGAGGAUGCUGGUGCGUCUCGGCCGAAGCGCAAGGAGGCUAAUGCCGGGGAAGCCGCGGAGAGGAAUGUGGAGGUGGCGGAGGGCGGCGCUGAGGGGGAUGCUGCAGCUCCCAAGGCGAAGCGCAGACGUCGCCAUCACAAUAAGGGCGCCAAGCAGGAUGGCAAUGAUGCCGGCGAGUCCGUUGCUGCCGCGGCGGGUGACGCCAUGGAGGAGUGAUCUGCUUUUGUGCUCCGGU